CCGGCGGCUGCACCUCCCGGUCUUAAACCCUAGCCGCGUCCGCCGCCGAAACCUCCUCGGCCUCCUCCAUGGCGAAGCAACGAAGCUCGCGCAAGCAUCGCAAGGCCGCGGAGCAGGAGGUAGAAAACGACGACGAGGUCACCGUCGCUGCGGAGAAGGAGGAGGAUGGGGAGCUAGCGGCGGCGCCGGCGGCGGCCUCCCACGACGACGAAGAGGCUGACGGCGCUGUGGAGGAGGAUGUCGAGCGGGAAGAAGGAGCCGGGGGCGGCGAGGAGGAGGCCACGGACGCCGCAACCGGGGGAGGUGAGGAGGGCAAGGAAGAGGAGGAGAGGGAGGUGCGCUUUGACGAGCUUGGCUUGGACGAGCAACUGAAGAGGGCUCUGAGGAAGAAAGGCUUGGACAAGGCCACCCCGAUCCAGAGAGAGGCCAUCCCGCUCAUCCUGGAAGGGAAGGAUGUGGUUGCGAAGGCCAAGACUGGCUCCGGAAAGACCUUUGCUUACCUUCUCCCUAUGCUGCAUGAGCUAUUGAAGUUGUCUUCAGAAGGGCGCAUCCGAAAAUCUGCACCGAAUGCCUUCAUUCUUGUACCAACUCGCGAGUUAUGCCAGCAGGUUCAUAAUGAGGCGGCAUCUCUCCUUGAGUUCUGUACAUCCAAAUUGAGGGUUGUGCAAGUGAAUGCGAGCAUGUCAGACAAAGAUAUUAAAGUCGCAUUGUCUGGUCCCCCAAAUAUCCUUGUUACAACUCCAGCUUGUGUUGCGGCAUGCAUAUCGAAGGGCAUUAUUCGUGGAUCAUCUAUCAAAGAAUCACUAUCAAUGAUGAUUCUUGACGAGGCUGACCUCCUUCUGUCCUAUCGCUGUGAAGAUGACUUGAAAGCUCUUGUUCCACAUAUCCCAAGAAGCUGUCAAUCCAUUCUGAUGUCUGCAACGUCAAGCGCUGAUAUUGAGAAGCUGACAAAGCUACUUCUGCACAACCCUUUUAUUCUGACUCUUACAGAGGUUGGUCAUGCAAAAGAGGAUGUGGUCCCAAAAAAUGUGCAACAAUUUUGGAUACCAUGUGAUGCUAAGGAUAAGAUGCUUUAUAUCCUUGCACUCCUAAAGUUGGAGCUUAUUCAGAAGAAAGUUCUAAUAUUUGUCAACUCAAUUGACUCAGCGUUCAAAUUAAGGCUGUUUCUGGAGAAGUUUGGGAUAAGAUCUUCGGUGUUAAAUGCUGAAUUACCACAAAAUUCGCGGCUCCAUAUUAUUCAGGCAUUCAAUGCCAGGCUAUUUGAUUAUCUGAUAGCAACGGACGACAAUAAGUCUAAAGUGGAGAUGCAAGCCAAUAAGGGAAAUAAAAAGGAUUCCAAGGUAUCGCGCAAGCAGUUGCAGCAAACUCUAGAUGCUGAAUUUGGUGUUGUUAGAGGAAUUGACUUCAAAAAUGUAUUCACGGUAGUUAAUUAUGACAUGCCUCCAGAUCCUGCUGGGUAUGUUCACAGAGUAGGACGAACAGGGAGAGCAAAUAAAACUGGUGCGUCCAUAUCGCUUGUUUCACCAGAGGAGAACGACAUUUUUGAAGACAUUGAAAAUAUGUUAAAAGAUGUUGAAAAAGGAGACACCAGAUGCAUUUCUCCUUUUCCACUACUUACAAAAAAUGCUGUCGAAUCCUUACGCUAUAGAGCUCAGGAUGUAGCUAGGAGUGUGACAACCCGUGAUAUAAAAGAAGCACGUCGCCAAGACAUAAAGAAUGAAAUCCUCAACUCCGAGAAGUUGAAGGCUCAUUUUGAAGAGAAUCCGAGGGACCUUGAUUUGCUCAAACAUGAUAAGUUACUGAGCAACAAGGAAAUUCCUGCACACCUGCGUGAUGUCCCUGAGUACCUAAUUGACCCCACAACAAAAGAAGCAAGCAAUGCGGUCAAACUUUCAAGGGCUGCUAUGGGUAUCGAUAAGCCACGGAGGAGGAAAAGAAUGGGAUUCAAGGGCGGAUCUGGCAAAACUAGUGAUCCCCUUAAGACUUUCUCUGCUGAGGGGAAAUCACGGAGGCGAGGGAGGAAUGAAAGAGAUGGAGAGCAGGAUAGACGAAAAAGGAAGAAGGUGGAAGGCUAAUUUGUUGUUGACUUGUGAGGCGUUCACUAUAAGCUUGCACAGUUUUGUAGGCUUCGUAUAAGCUUUACUGAAGGUGGUGUGCGCAAUGCACACCAUUAUAUAGACGGACGACUAGAGAUUUCGUUCAGUUUCAGACUCGGUUCUUCCAGAGGACGUGCAUAAUUGCCCUUCCUUAUCUAUUGGAGGAAUAUCAGCGGAGAACUUUGUUUCAAUGUUUUGAUUUGUUGUAUAAGAAAAAUCUACGAAAAGGUGAUGCUUGUGUGCGCCAGAAGUCAUCAAAAACUUAAACGAGGACCUAGUAAUAAUAUCAAACCAUUUCAUC